AUGCCGCGUAUCGUCCAGGGCUGGGCACUAGCGCUAUGGGCAACUUCUGCGCUAAGCUCAGCUUUCGCGGCGCCUGCCACGGCUAACGAGCCUCACGUCGCUAGGACAUCCCAGACAGGAAAUCCGUUUACUGGCGCCUUUGACAAGUACGCGGCACAGUUCCUCGAGGACUGGCACUGCGCGGGCAUGGCGAUUGGCAUCGUUGACGGCGACAACGUGUUCACCAAGGGCUUUGGGUUUGCGACGCUACCUGACCACCCGGCUACGGCGGAUACGCUCUGGUACGGAGCAUCAACUACAAAGGCGCAAUUGGCUGCAACCCUGGCGCACCUGAUCGAUGACAAGGUCUACCCCGCGAUAAGCCCGCUGGGGUGGGAGACCCCGAUUUCCAGCAUUCUCAGGGACGAUUUUGUCAUGCAAGAUGCCUGGGCCACUGCGCAUGUCACCCUCAACGACGCAGCUAGCCACAGCAGCGGGUUUGGCAUGCACGAUGGCUCGCUGAUGCAUGAAAAGGACGGCAAGGCUCUGACUGCUCGCGACAUUGUGCGGAAUAUCAGAAACUUGCGCCCGGCCACGGACCCGCGAACCAGCUUCAUCUACAGCAAUCACAUGUAUAUCGUGCUGUCGCAUGUUGUCGAAACCUUGACCGGCAGCGGAGUGGGCCAGACUAUUCGCAAGUAUCUCUGGGAUCCUCUUGGCAUGAGCUCAACAUACUUUGGGUUGCAAGAAGCUGUGGAUUCAGGAAAGCCAAUUGCCCAAGGAUACUACUGGGACAACAGCACGAGCGAGCAUGUGGCCAUCCCGUAUGCGCAUCUCGACGAGAUUAGCGGCGCCGGCGCCGUGCUCUCCAGCGUCACCGACUACACGAAAUGGAUAUCAUGUCUGUUAAAGCAAAGCGCGCCUCUAUCUGCCGCUGUUCAUCAAGACAUCAAGACGCCGCGUUUCGUUUCGGUCCCAGAGCCCCAGCUUGGCUUGGACAUAACGCUGUACUCGCUAGGGUGGUGGCGGACAAUGUUCCAAGGGCAAACUCUGUUCGAGCACUCGGGUAAUACUCCGUCCCACGGCGCCCUCGUUUGGUGGUUGCCCGACAUGCAAUAUGGCGUAGUCGUCUUUACCAACACGCCCAACUUCUCGCGCGAGAUCAUCAUGCGCAAGAUUGUCGAGGACAAGAUGAACAUUGACGCCAAGCGCCGCUACGAUCUAGCCGGAGCCGUGGCCGUUCUGCAAAAGCAGAUGGACGAUGCCAUGGCACACGCCGACGACCUUUUGUAUCCCAAUCGCACGGAUUCCGCGCCACCGACGGGUAAUAUAGCCGACUUGGCCGGGUCAUACCACAACGACGGCUAUGGCGAGAUCGAGAUGCGUGUCGAGAACAAGGACGGCAAGGACGUGCUUGUCAUUGAGCGGCCAAAUAUGACGUUUCCACAGCUCUUCAUGAUUCAUCACGUUACAGGCGACUCUUGGACUGCCAUGCUGUACCCACUGCACGCUUCGGCGACACCCCAAGGUUUUGGAGGCGUCAAGUUCACCUUUGACAAGAAGCAUCGACCAACGGGGUUUGUGCUGACCAUGCAGGGCGAAGAGAUGGUGACGUAUACGAAGGCCAAGUGA